AUGCUUGAUACCACAUCAUCCACAUUGCCUGAUUUCGUUGCCGAGCAGCUCAAGUUUCUAGUCAACAGCGACGGCAUUAGUGAGCUCCUGCGGAGAUUCACUACAACCUCGUCGCCCAGCGUAGGGCCCUCGGAGGACGCUAAUUUGCUCGCUGGCUAUACGUUGGUGCUGCUUAAGUGCUUUCCCAACUAUGGCGACGAUAUUAAGAUUCGGCUCUUUCAUGGCGACAUUAAGACGAGCAGUUCCGGCAAACAGCAAACUAUACCAACCGUGAAGUACUUCUGGCACGCGGCAUUAAGGACUGAGAUCUUUCGCAAGCUGAUGCAGAGCAAGAUUACGCAUCCUGCCUCAGUUGUAGGUCCCUUGCUGCAGCCGGAAUCCAAGCACGACGAGGAGUGGCGCACAAUACUAUUGUUUCUCGAGCUAUAUAACUUUCUACUGCGUGUCACGGACGGCGAGGGCUUUCUGCCUUCAACAUUCCAGGCGAUGCCUCAGCAGAGCCCGGCAACAUCACGCAUUCGAUCCAGUGGGUUGGACCUGGAAGAGCUCAAAGCUCUAACCAGCUUUUUGAAAAAUCUCACGUUCCUGUUAUAUCACGAUUUACCAAGCAUAAUUGCUUCUGCUAAGGAGCCCACGCAACGUGACCCUUUCAUGGGGAUACAAUCCAAGCCUUUAGCUCAAUCCGGAUCCUCACAAGAGUCCUUAUCCCCCACCUUCGGGAAUGGCGUUACUAGCCUCCGUCAGAAUGCCACUACCACUAUGAGAUUGCUCCACGAGAGGGAUUCGCGCCGAAAGUUUCUGCCGCAAGACUUCUGGUUGAUGACAUCAAAAUUUGACAUAAACGGGCUCACUUCAGCGGUCGUACUUGAGGAGCAGAAGAACGACACCACUGAAGAAGACAACGAGGACGAGGAUGAGAUUGACAGAAUCCCAUCUCAUACUGCAAGUGUCUCGCGAAUAUCACGGGCUGCCCAGAUUGAGGGACAUCAGCAAACACGCAGGAUGAAGCGCGAGAGGCUACUAGCACAACUGACUCCUCAACUCGAGAUUAUCAGGAAUAUGCCCUUUAUCAUCCCCUUCGAGAUUCGUGUGAAAAUCUUUCGACAGUUAAUCGACCUCGACAAGAAUCGCAGGCGCCGUGGUUAUAAUCCACCCGGUAGAGAAGAGGGUCGGAGCGAUCACACUGCUUAUGUGAAGCGUGGCUCCGUCUUUCAAGACGCCUACGACCACUUUUACAACCUUAGUGAAGGCAUCAAAGAGUCUAUACAGAUCUUUUUUAUUGAUCAAUUCGACCAGCCAGAGGCUGGUAUUGAUAAUGGAGGUCUGACCACGGAGUUCCUCAUCAGCGCUGCGCAAGAGGCCUUUGACCCAAGCGAGGAAGGUUUUCGGUAUUUCGUGGCAAAUUAG